UAAAAUAAAAAAAAGAAUUUGUUUACCUUUCGUGACAAGGGCGGCCGGUAUUUUCUCGAAAUUUCUUAAUUAUUUCAGAUUAUUUAUCGUUUUUCGUACCAGGAAAGUCAAAAGCAGUUAAAAAUGAGCUGUCCGGUAGGUCAGGAGAGCCUUGAGAAGCUCAAACAAUUCAUAGACAACGUUAAACUUCAACCGGACAUUUUGCAUCUGCCACAGUUGGCGUUUUUCAAAGAUUUCAUCGAAUCUUUCGGAGGAAGUAUUCCCAAAAUGAGCACCGAAGCGAAAACCGAAGAACUACCCGAAGAACCUACGGUUGAGGAGGUCGUUAAUCUAGGGAAGUUCUUAGAAUUAGACUAUUCUGGAUGUGUCGAUGAGACCGAUCCGGUAGAUGUGAAUCAAAGAAUGGGAGAUCCCGAUAAAGAGAUAUCGGAGGAGGAUUGUGAUAAAGCCGAUUUAAAACGAAGUGAAGCAAUGUCCGAAUUUUCUAACGGUAACUUUGACAAAGCUAUUGAACUUUACACUGAAGCAAUUGAACUUAACCCACUCAGCGCUGUACUCUUUGCAAAACGUGGCCAGGCAUUCUUAAAAGCGAACAGACUACAUGCUUGCCUCAAAGACUGUUGCCGCGCUUUGGAAUUGAACCCCAACUCGGCAGCCGCUUAUAAAUUUAGAGGAAGAGCUUACAGGUUGCUGGGAGAAUUCGAAAAAGCUGCUCAAGAUCUUAGACAGGCCUGUAACAUUGAUUUCGAUGAGGAAACAGACGCUUGGUUGAAAGAGGUUACACCCAAUGCUAAGAAGAUUGAAGAUUAUAGGCUGAAAGAGGCAAGAAGAUGUAAAGAAAAAGAAGAGAAAAUAAAGUUAGAAGAAAUCCGUAAGGCAAAGGAAGCUCGCGCCCAGGCUGGGAAUCAGCCCGAGGCUGAACAGGCUGAUUCAGAGCCUGGUGUAGAUGCUGGUGGUCUGCCACCAGGUAUGGCUGACUUGUUCCAAGACCCAGAGAUUUUGACUGCUAUGCAGGAUCCAGAAGUGGCAGCGGCGUUUAAAGAUAUUACUGCAAACCCAGCUAGUAUAUUAAAAUACAGCACAAAUCCGAAAAUAUUAGCCUUGUUGUCUAAAUUAAACAGCAAAAUUGCAGGUUCCGGAGUGAAGCUUCCCGAAUUCUUCGGUGCCCCGGGGGGUCCCGAUUUCGGCCCCCCUGGCAGUGGGGCUGCUCCUACUGGAGGAGAUUAUGGCUUGGAUUAAAAAAUUAUUUUUUUUUUGGAAAAAAAAAAUCCAUUAAACGAACUGACAAAUAAAACGUAAUUUUUUCGGUGUUUAAUAAAUAAUGGGCAAGUGACAUUGUUAUAAAUAAAUGUAUCAAGAAUUGUUAACAUUGAAGCAUAACAAUAAAGAUGUUUUAUAAUAA